UGUCGCAUUAUCCAGGUAAUUUUCUUUUUCUUCAUAAAAAAAAAUCUUUUUUGUUUCAAGAAAAAAAUCCAUUUUAUAGGUUUUGAAAAAAGUAUUAGUGAUAUAGUUGAUACGUGUGAUCCAUCAAGGGCAGGAAAACACAUUGAAGAAGUGUUAGAUUAUACAACAUGUGGCGGUAAGAAAACUCGUGGAAAACUUCUCGUGGCUGCUUUUGAGGAAAUUGCCCCAAAGGAUAAAUUAACGGAGGAAAAUUUGAAAUUAGUCGCCUACUUGGCGUGGUGCGUUGAAGCGUUUCAUGGACUUAUCCUUAUUAUGGACGAUAUUAUGGAUGGAAGUUUGACAAGAAGAGGGCAAACAUGUUGGUAUAGGCGUCCUAAUAUCCAAAUGUCCGCCAUUAAUGACGCCGUAAUGCUUGAUGCCGCCAUUUAUGAGUUUCUUCACGAAAAGUUCCACCAUUUGCCAACAUACGGAGAUAUUAUUCAUUCAUAUCACAGAAAUGCUCUUAUGCUGUAUAUGGGACAAUAUCUGGACGUAUUAGCAGUGCAACAGGAUGUCUUGACAUUCACAAUGGAGCAAUGUAGGAGGAUCGCCUUUUACAAAACAGCUCACUACACCAUCUAUUCACCCAUUAAAUUAGCAUACAAUGUGGCAGGAUACAAAAAUGUUCAACCACUCCUUGAUGCGAAGGAUCUAAUCUAUGAAAUUGGAAUUUUCUUUCAAGCUCAAGAUGACUUCCUCGAUUGCUACGGGGAACCAAAUGUUAUUGGAAAAGUUGGAACUGAUAUUCAAGAUGGAAAAUGCACGUGGCUCGUUGCAACGUGCCUCAGUCGUGCCAAUGAAUCCCAAAAGAAUAUUCUGAAGAAGUUUUAUGGAAAAAAUAAUGAAGAAUCUGUUGCGCAGAUAAAGAAACUCUACGAAGAAGUUGGUAUAUAUGAAGCCUAUAAAAAAUAUGAGGAGGAAGCCUAUGAGGAUAUUAAAUGGAAAAUUCAGGAGGCAGAGGGGAUUCCGAAGAAUGUGUGUCAAGGCAUAAUGGAUAAAUUGUAUAAGAGGAACAUUUAAUUUUUUUUUAUUAAAUUUUAAGCUUUAUUUUCUGAAGGGGUAAAAAUGUUAAAUGAAUUUAAUUGUUUUUCAUGGUUUCAA